GGGCCGCUGGCCUUCGAUUCACAACCAGCCCGUGACAAAUGGCAGCUACGUAAUAAACGCUGGCCGGUGAUUGGCUGAGAGGCGGGGAGAAGAGGAGUCGACCAAUGAUAUUUCACUGUGUUGACGUAAAACACCAAGAUCUGAGGAUUCCUUCAUGCCAUCCUUGGUGGGACUCAGCAUGGCGCAGGAGGAGGACAGACACAGCCUGGAGGCGAAAUUCGCUGCAGCAGUUAAAGUGAUCCGGAGUUUGCCUGAAGACGGUCCUUUCCAGCCAUCCGAUGACAUGAUGCUGAUGUUCUACAGUUACUACAAUCAGGCCACCCUGGGGCCUUGCGAUAUUCCCAGACCAAUGGGCUUCUGGGACAGUCGUGGCAAAGCCAAAUGGGAUGCGUGGAGCUCUUUGGGAAAUAUGACACAGGAGGAAGCCAUGAAGAAUUACAUUGAGAACAUCCAGCUGAUUUUGGAGACCAUGCCGAUCUCAGAUGAGGUGUCUGACCUUGUGUGUGAGCUUGGCGACUUCUACACCGAGGUGGACCGAGAGGGGGAAGAAGCCGAAGAGAACAAGGUGGACCAGAGACCCUUCAUGAGGCCCUUUGCAUCACAUACAGAUGAGCGGGUCAUACCAUAUCAGAAACCAACGAUGGAAGGCUAUGGGGAUCUGUGGGAUGAUAUACAAAACCUCCAGGAGAAUGACAAAGACAGCACUGUUCAUGGCCUAAGUGCCGGUAGUGAGGAGGCAGAGGGAGGCAAAGAACAUAGUGAAAUCGAGAAAAAGGACGAAAGUAGUGAUUGGAAAAGUGAGGAAGAGGAGAAUGCGGAUGACGAAGACGAGGAGGAGGAGGAGGAGGAGGAGUAUAUGAAAGACUGGAGUCCUGACCCAAGGCUGCUGAUGGCGGAGGACAAGAGGUGGAGGUCUGACACCGGGGGGUCCGGCAGCAGCGUGGAGCCCAGCAUGUCCUCCUUCACCAACGGGACGCACAGCUCCCUCAACAGCGAGAUGGAGGAGGAGGAACUGGCCUGUUCUGUAGAGCCAGGUGUGCAGUACAACCCCUAUAGGCACUUUAAUGGACACCUGAACAAUCAUAGUAAUGCUGUUUCUGAGAGAAACCACCGAUCCACAGACUCUGAUAACGAGGAAUUCUGUGACUCAAUGGAACAUCUGGCCAUGGAAGAAGGGCUGUCUACAUCAAAGCUCCUGUCCCCUGGAUCAGGAGCUGCCUCAGUGAGGCAAAACGAUCUCUGGUUUGAAAGCAACACUACUCUGAAUGGAGGAGAGGAUCAAGUGCUCAUGGGAGAUUCCUACCUUAAAGAAGGGAUUAGUACAAGCCACCACAACAGCUCCCUGUCUAGAAGGGGGAGAGGUUCUCUAUCACCAAGGGCAACCGGCAGCUCUCAGCGGUGUGUCACCGUCGACGCCUCCUGCUGUUGUGUGUCACAGAGCAUCCGUCCUGUCAGUGCUGUCAGGGGAAACGUCAAUGAGCAGAUAGCUACAGCUCUGCUGAGGCUGCAGCACGACAUGGCUGCUGUGCUGGACCGGCUGCACGCUUUGGAGGCGCUCACGCUGUCGCAGUCAAGAUCAUCUUCGCCAAGACAGGAGGACUCCCUAGCCCUGACACAAAGGGUCCUUGUAAGAACAUUUUCUAAGUUCCUGAGACCUUCCUGGUGGCCUUUUGACUUCUGUCCACUAACAGUAGCUCUGACUGCAAUUUGGCCUCUGAUUGCUCAUUGGCUUGUCCAGGUUUACUUACAGCGGAAGAGAAGGAAAAUCCCCUGAAUUGUCGGACAACCAGUGGCAUCGAUCAAAGAAGGCGAACCUGGGGUGAAAUUGUUGCACUUUUGUUGCUUCACGGCUUUUUCAAGCCCACACCACAGCCUGAGUGUAAUGAGGCAGCAGUAGAAAUGGAAAGGCAGUGACUUAGAUAAACGAACGAUCAGGAAUGUGUUUAAAGGGAGAUUCUGCAAUAUAAUGUAGCAUUUUGACAUUAUGGAUACUUUGUAGGUGUUGAGGAAAGGGAAGAUUUACGCGUUAUAAAUGCUGGCACAUUUUCUUUUUUACAGUUAGUGUAGCAUUAGCGUAGCAUUAGCCAGUGAUCUUAUUUAUGACAUGUCUCACCAGGAAGUCAAUAUGCACAUAACUCACAUAACUGAGGUAACUUUAAAAUGAAAUAAAUUCACUAUCAUACAGUAGCUGUGGACCAUAAGCAAUGACUUUUGCCCAUUGUCAUUGAUUUUAUUGAUCGUGAGUUGCAUUAUUUAUUUAUAUUUCUUUUCAUGUUCUGUCAACAGUUUUUCCAAUAACUAAGGACAUCAGCAUUUUAUAUUUAUUAUACGAAAUAUAAAAAUAUUUUAGAGCCAUUUCUUUUUAGAUCCAAUAGACAUGGUGACAAAUAUAGUUAUUUAUGUGUAAAAGUGUAUAUUUAUUGUGUAGUUUUAGUGCAUUAGAAUAAAAGUUUGCACUUUAAAAAAAAGAGAUACAAAGUAGGACAAUCCAUAUAUUUAUUCUCGCGUCUUGCAAGCCGUACAAUGAGAAUGAAGAAUACUCUGUUUGAGCAAGGGUACAGUGCUUUCAAAUAUACCGAUGUAAAACAAGUACAGUCGUGUUCAAAAGUUUACAUACACUUGUAAUGAACGUGUAAAUCACGGCAGUCUUCAGUUCCAAUGUUUUCUACAGCUCACAUUUUUUUCUGUGAUCGAACGAGUGGAACACAAACUACUCUGUUGCAAAAACAUUCAUGAAGUUUGCUUCAAUAAUGAAUUGAUUGUAAGUCUAUAUACAUGUCCUUCUGCUAUUUUUACUUCAGUUUGGCGCUUUUGAUAGCAAUCCACAAGCUUCUCCCUGAAUUUUCAACCUCUCCUCUCGACAGAUUUGAUCUGUUCAACUAGAUUUGUUGGCUUCCUGACACAAACAUGUUCCUUCAGCACAGUCCACAUGUUCUCGAUGGGGUUCAAGUCGGGACUUUGGGAAAACCAUUCCAAAAUCUCCACUCUAGCAUGUUUUAGCCAUUUCUUUACCACUUUAGAUGUGUGUUUUGGAUCAUUGUCCUGUUGGAACACCCAGCUGCACCCACGACCCAAUCUGCUGACUGAUGACUUUGAGUUUUUCCUGAAGAAUCUUAGUAGGUCCGGUGUUCCUGAGGAGAGAGGCCUCAUUAUCUCGCCUCCAAACAUAUUGUUGCUCAUUGUGGCUAAAUAACAUUUUUGUUUAAUCUGACCACAGAGUUUUCCUCCAGAAAGUUUUUUUUGUCUGUGUGAUCAGCAGAAAACUUCAGUCAAACUGUAAGCAAAGUGGAGCAAAGGUCUUCUUUCUUGCAUGGCAGCCUCUCAGCUCACGAUGAUGCAAAACACAGUGUCGACGCUGUCACCAGUCUUCCAGCAGCGACAAAUUUGUUGCAGACUCACUUUUUGGUGUUUUUGGGUUGACUCUUGACCAUCUUGACCAGUUUUCUCUCAGCAGCAGGUGAUAGUUUGUUUUCUUCUUCCUGAUCGUGGCAGUGACACAACUGUGCCAUGCACUUUAUAUUUAAAAGCAGUUGAAAGUUGUUUGUUUGACUUUAAAUCAAUAAUAUGCUCUUUCAGAUCAAUGCUGAGCUCUUUAAACUUUCUCAUUGUGGUGUCUGUGGCUGAGGCUUGUAAGUGUAUCAAACAAGCCCUGUUAAAUUGGGCCCAGAAAAAUCACCAGCUAUUAUCGAUCAUAAUCACUGAAGAAGAUGAGAGGCCAUGCUACAAAGACACCUUGAUUCACACAGCCUUCUGUAAUCACCUAAAUUGACUGCCCAGGUUAGGGUGCUUAUAUUUUUGACCCAGUAGAUUUGGUCACAUUUUCCUAGAUCUAUAAUAAAUUCAGACAUGAACCAAAAUUCAUGAAUGUCUCUUGUGACAAAGUAGUAUUUGUUCCUCUCAUUCCAUCACAGAAAAAUGAGAGCUGUAGAAAACUCUAGAACU